CAUAUCACGGAGGGCGGUGUUUCGCCGCGACAGUCAGUUGGUCAGGUUGAGCCCCUGGUCCCGAAGAACCUCAAACGUUCGCGGAAUCGAUGAAGGCUCGCUGUACCAACCGUGUGUCUCUCGCUGGGUGUUCGUUGAUAACCAUGAACAGACUUUGUUCCCCGGUCCUUGAAUGGUGUUUGGUCGUAACUUCUCUGGCGCAACCCGUCGGGUCUAAACUGAUGCUAGACCAGCUAACUGUGAGCUAGCGCUACCCGGGAAUCUUGAAUUUUCUGUUUGCAACAACAGACGCUGUACACAGAGAAACACACUGAAAAGGAGAUAUUUUGGAGUAAAAAUCAUGGAGUAUGGCUGCCCGGUCGAUGACUUUGUGUCUCCAGAGUCCACGGUGACCUCCCUGCUGUCGAGCUCAGGUCAUCUGAGGAGCAGCCUGCUGCCUCCCAAGCACAUUACCACCUUCAGAUACAGAGACAAGGACUAUGACUCAGCCUCGGCAGCGUUGGAUGCCUACAUCACAGACUUCGAGAGGAGUUGUCAGAACAGCGGGUCAUUGACAGGUAGACUAGUUCUGCCGCAUAGUCCCCCCUCCACUCCGAGCAGACCCAGAGUGAGCACACUCAGAAACAAAGAUGUUCUCAGGGAGAGUCUGACUGAAAGGGAGCUGGACUUCCUGAACCUCCCCGUCAGCUCCCUCCAUCACAGUGCCAACCGAGACAGACUCUCCAUGACGACGGAUGAGCUGCUGUCUAUCCCUUAUGAUGGCUCGAUGCCUGUCACCCACACUUCUGCCUUUAUGCAAGGCCUCCUGUCCCAGUCAGGAGCCUCCAAGUCCCGCUGUUCCUCCUCCAAUCCAGGACAUAGAGCCUGCGCCGGGCAUAGCAGCAGCCACGCCACCCCACGGCUGAACCACCACCACCCUCACCUAAUUAGGAUGCCCAGGAGCUCCAGAGGAAGACCAGGAGCACCCACAUUUAAAACACUUGAUGACAUAUUGUCUGUGAGCAGCUUUAAGUUUGCACAGAGAGCAGCAGAGUCAGAGUGGGCAGAGCCAUCUACGUUGUUCCAACGCCCUCAUUGUCUCACCGGCAACAAGGCUGACAUGGACUCCUCUGGAAUGAGCAGCAUGCCUGACCUGCAGUGCGAAUCCAGCGUGGAAGCCUGGAUGCAGUGCUUUGACCGCAGCAAGCUGCUGCCGCCCCCAGAGUCAAAGCUGUGGGACGACCAUGGUGUUCUUCCACCUGCAGCCCCUAGAGCCGGACCUCCAUCUUGGGUAGCAGAGCUGGCGGAUGAUGGGACCAACCAGACAUGUUCCCAGGUUGACAGCCAGCAGACUCUUCGAAAUCUGAGGCUUCAGUUUGCUGAACAGAUUUCACUGAUUGUUACAGAGGGAAAAAGCGCCGACCUCAUGGAUACUCUGUUCAGAGACAACAGGAUCGAGUCUCUAAUCCAGAAGGCGGAUCAGGUGUUGAACUCUCUGUCUCAGAGUUGUGAAGGCACAGAUAACCAUGCAGAUUUAGUCAGUCCAGUGAACACCGAGGAGCAGCUGCUCAAUUCGCCCUCCCACUGUCCUUCGUUCACCCUGGACUCAGCAGCAGCACCAGAGGGCGGUACAGAGGCUCCGACUGACAGAGGAGCUCAGACUUUGGGCUGCGGUCUCCACGGAAACAGCAUCUGGAAGCAGCCUGGUCCAGUGGAGGCUCUAAAACAGAUGCUGUUCAGACUGCAGGCAGUGGAGGCGAAGCUUCAGCGACAACAAGAAGCAUCAGUAGCUCCAACACUCACUGACGGGCAGUGGACAGAGGAGACCCUAGUCAAGCAGAUAGUCAGUCAGAGGCCACAGGGUGAAGAGCUGGAGAGUUUUUCUGGUGGACCAUCACUACACAGAGCUCUGCAUCACCUGAGCCAUCUGAAGCUUCUGGUGGAAGAACCCAGGGAGAAAUACAGAGAGGAAGAGGAGGAGAAGGAUGAAGACGAAGGUCGCUACUCCUCUUCAUCUGCUGACGGACUCAUCUGUACUCAGCAGAAACCCUCCUGAAGCUGAAGGCCUGUUGAUCAGGGCGAGGAUCAUCCUGUCAGCGUCAAUCACCGUUCUCACUCUCUUCUCUGGAUUUGUAUUUUAGAUGGAAAAGUGCCAUGUAUCUGAACACUAACACAGUACCGAGACCAAAGGAGACUUAUAGGAGAUAUAUGAAAUGUGUGUUGAAGUUAUGGGAAGUGUUACAGUGAAGGACACUUUGAAACUUUGAAUACAGUUGUUUGUUCUGGUGGUUAAAAACUUGGAGAAUGACACUGAGACUGAAAAUAACCAAGGUUAUCCAUUAAAGAAACAGUCUGACCUUU